AUGUAUCUACUCCCUACCCUUCUGCCAAUCCUGGGACUCUCCACCCACCUCGCCGCGUCGUAUUCCCUGGUGGACGACUUCGGCACGGGCUCGUCCUUCUUCGACAAGUUCGAUUUCUUCACCUCCACGGAUCCCACCCACGGCUACGUCAAGUAUGUCGACCGCUCGACCGCCACCGCUGAUGGCUUACUCUCCUCGUCCAACGCCUCCGUCUACAUGGGCGUUGACUACAAGAACGUCGCCAGCGGCGGCCGCGAGAGCCUGGCUCCUCGGCAGCACCUGGCCCACCAACGGCAAAUCGACAUCAUCGAAGGUGUGCACGACCAAACCCACAACGCGAUGACCGGCCACACCACCGACGGCUGCAGCAUUAACAGCUCCGGCUUCUCCGGCACUCUAACCACAAGCAACUGCUACGCCUCCGCGCCGGGCCAGGCCGCCAACGCCGGCUGUGGCAUCACCGACGCCUCGGCGACGUCCUACGGCGCCGGCUUCAACGCCGCCAACGGCGGCGUCUUCGCCACCGAGUGGACCUCCGACGCGAUCAGUAUCUGGUUCUUUCCGCGCGGACGCAUCCCCGGAAAUAUUGCGGGCGGGAACCCCGAUCCGGGCUCGUGGGGGACGCCCAGUGCGCGGUUCGCGGGGCAGUGCGAUAUCGAUGCGCAUUUUAAGGCGAUGCAGAUUGUCUUUGAUACGACGUUUUGCGGCGACUGGGCCGGCGCCGUCUGGGGCUCAACUAGCUGUGCGUCCAAGGCGUCGUCCUGCGACAACUACGUCGCGAACAACCCGUCCGCUUUUCGGGAUGCCUACUGGUCCAUCAACUCGCUCAAGGUUUAUCAACAGGGUAGCUCGACUAAGCGCCGGCCCCAGGAUGCCCCGUCGAAGCCGUCCGGCUUUGUGAAGAUGCGUCAGCAUGCGAGACAUGGUCAUGUCGCGUAG